AUGGCCGCUGUUCCUGUGUUGAGGAAGAGUGGUGUUCCUACUAUAUUCGGGGAACUGGAAGAGAAAAACGUCACAUUUCUUAUUGACACAUCUGGAAGUAUGUACACUUAUUUACAAUUAGUAAAGGAACAUUUACUUGAAUUUCUACUGUCAAGAGCGUUCCAUCGUGGCGACUGUCACUUUAAUAUUGUUGAAUUUUCCGACCAAGUGUCACCGUGGGCAGACAGGCAAGUGAGACUGACCCCACAAACUGUUACAGUGGCGAAUGAAUGGAUAAAUAAAUUGGCGUCGAAAACAGGGUCUAAUAUGUUAGAUGCGUUGUUGGUAGCGUUUACUGACCCCGCCUGUGAAGCAGUCUGUCUUGUGUCAGAUGGCUUACCGGACCAACAAGCUACUGUAAUUUUACAGCAAGUUGCUUUAGCUAGCCAGGGUCGACCGCUACAUGUCAUUCACCUUACCGGCACACAUGCUGAUGUCGCUUCCUACGAUUUCUUGGAAAGUUUAGCGAUACAGACUGCAGGUACAUUCAAUGUCAUCAGCGUAUCCACGACUGGAAGAAUCGAACAGGUUAAGGCAGUUGUUCGAAAAGACCAUGCUCGGGAGAGAAUUGUCACCGAUGUCUACGAAUAUAAUCCUGAACCUUUGAAAACCAAAUCAGUUAUAACAACUCUUGACAAUCCACCCGUUUCAAGUAUAAAAACAUAUGAUCCUGAACUAAGUGAUAUUCCAAAUACAAGCAUCAAGUCUUCAUUAUCGAACCCACCUGUAGCGGUAACAUCCACAUACAUUGAGAACGCACAACAGGAGCCAGUCGUAAAAACAUGUAGUGUUAAAACUUCUUUAGAUCAUAACCCCUUCGCAGUGCCAGUCAUACCUAUAGAUGAACCUGGAACCAUCAUUAUCUCCUCCGAUUCGGUUGUUAAGUUUCCAAACAUUGCGUGGGAGACAUAUCGACCCCCCAGAUACGUUAAAGAUGUUGUCUUAGUCGAUGAUGACAAAUUCUCAGUCACUGCAAGUACUUUGAUGGUUGGAAUGAAAGUUAUAUGUAGACAUGAAAGAGAUGGAUUUUUUUAUAUUGGAUCGAUUAUAAAACCGAUAACAUCAGCCAGACGAUUCUUGGUGGAGUUUGAUGAGAUUCCCGGCGGUGGUAAACAUCAACAACGUUUACAAGAGACAGCGAUAUACGACUUGGUAGCCUACCAUGAUGCAAUGCGACACUCUAUCGCUGCAGGUGACAAGGUCUUAGCACCCUGGGAAUUAAACGGAACAAGGUACGCACCUGGUACUGUGUUGGAAGGAGUCGAAAAAAGAUCCGCUGGAGGUCUGUCUGACUCUGAUGAUCUGGUUGUUACUUUCUAUGAUGGUAAAACAAGUACUGUGCCAAAAGAGACAGCCCUUUGGAUUCCUAUACAUCUCUAUGAACGGAUUAAAUUGGAGUUACAGAUGCCAGCCACAGCACGAGCUGAUCUACACCGGUAUCCAGAAUACCCGCUUGUGGCACCACCAGGGUAUCCAGUAACAGUCAUACCACAGCCACCGGAUUACGAUACUGUUGUUAAACUGAAAGGCGAUCCAACUCGGCAUGUUUAUAUUCCAAUUUACCCAGAUCAAAUGCCAAUGUACGCAAUGCCGGUAGCAACGUCAACUGUACAACCCAGUGCUGUUAGAAUGGAAGAUGUAGAGAGGGUAAUUCCCGGAACAAAUCUGACGAAGUCAGAGCUGAAUCAGAAGGUAAUGCAGCAACUAAUGGACCAUAAAAUGCUGUCUCAUGGUGAUUCUAGGAAAGUAUCAUUCCGUGUUGCAGCUGCCGACAAAGAUAGUGGAUUCGGAUCAGGACAUGGAGAGACAGAAGAAGAGGAACGCUUAGAGGAUGAGGAAGAAAUGAGAAAAAUAAAACAAGUGAAAGAAAAAGUGAAAAAGGAUUUGUACCGCGAUAAACAAACUGAAACGGAUUUACGUCGACUGAAAAUGAUAGACACUGAGCUAUAUAAAACCCAGGGGGUUGAGACGGAUUCAAAGUUACUGUUUUACCAGACACCAAAGAAAAAACAAGAGGAGCUAGAUGAGCGCCCACCAUGGAAGAACUGGAAACAGACACCCCAGCCGAGGACCAGAGCAGGUAGUAGAGGCGUAACAGCAUUCCGGGAUACUGCUCUUAAUCCACCAUUAGAAGCUAAAGCUAGAGCGUUGCAGUAUGACCCCGAUAUCCCUAUGUAUAAAUCUGUGGACUUUGAUGUUUUGGAUCGUGGGGAUUACAUGCCGCAAUCGCAGAAUGGAACUCCUAUCAGACCACAGCCACCUAAAGUUCAGAGACGUCAACACUUCAGACAGGAAAGAAAGCAAAAUUUGAAUGAACGACCGCCAUGGAAAAGCUGGCAGCAGUCAUCUCAUGGUGGUGUUUCGGUGAAACCUGGGCGUGCGUUUAGAGAAGCCCCUGUCGGAAUUCAAACAGAAAGUGCAUGGUCUGAGGUAUAUGAACCAGAUGCUACGUACCAGCCUAAUCAUAUUGAACAGAGUCAAGCCUGGAAAAAUCAGGGACAUCGCUUAGAAGACAGCCCACCAUGGGAUAGCCAGGAGCAAUAUUCGCAGGAUAGACCUUCUUGGAAGAGCCAUGGACAGCGUUUACAAGACAGCCCACCAUGGAAAAAACAGGGUUAUCAACUAGAAGAUACCCCACCUUGGAAGAACCAGGUCCGUCUUCUGCAAGAUAGACCUCCUUGGAAGAGCAGAGGCCACACCCCUCAUGGAAGAGUCGCAACAUCUGCAAAUGAAUACCGAGAAUACGCUCCAGCCACUCCAUCAGUAGCAGAAUCGGAAUAUUAUGGUCCCGAUGACAGGUCAGCAAACUUUGAUUCCGGUAACCAUAAUAUCGCAACAGAACGAGGGCAAGUAUCCUGGGAGAAACAACAGCACUUGCGUAACGGAGAACCUGUUGGACCUAUUAUGGUGGCCUAUAAGGAACACAUUGAAAAGUCCAAACGUGGUGAAACACAAGCAACACAUGUAGAUGACCGGCCGGUGUGGAAGUCACAUGGACGUGGACAUGUAGGGGGUUAUUCCACGCCUGGUGUCACCAGAUUCCGGGAGACGUCUCUCAAUGCUCCAUUGGAAGCCCGAUCACAACCGAUAUCAUCAGAACCGGAAAUGUAUGGCCCGGUGAAUCAAUCGGCUGUAUUUCAAGCUGUCGAUCAGUCUGGUGCCCACGGUGAUAGAGCUCUGUUGUUACACGAAUUGAAGCAUGGACAGCUACAGCGACAAAGAGUCACUGUAGGAUUGGAUACUCCAGCAUUACAACGAGUUGGAAGACGAGACAAGGCACGAGAAGCUAAAGAAAAUGGUUAUCUUGAAAGUAGACGUCGCCAGACAAUGGAACGUGAUAUGACAUUACAGCAGAGGGAUAGGGAUAUGGAACAACAGCUUGCGGCACGGGAUCAGCAACACCGGUUUCAACACCAACAACAGCUCCAGAAAGACGCUGAACGGCGCAUGAAUGAAGAGAAAACUAUUGCAAAUACUAUGGAGACAAAAAGAGCCCUCACAUCACAAGUCAUGACACGGAUUGAUGACUACGCUAAAAGAGAAGCUGAACGAGAAGCAAUUAAACUAGAAGCUAAGCGACAACAGGUACAGCGACGAGCUGAAAUACAAGAACAGAGACAACAAGAGAUUGACAAUACGAUUGCUAGACGACAGGAAAUCAAACACCAAAAUUCCUUGAAACGAUCGGAAGAACAGAAACAGAGAAUACAAGAAAAUCAUCGUCAAGAAAUGGAGCGUGAGAUGCAGAUGAGAAACAAAGAGAUUAAUCGCCGAGAACAUUUUCGAAAUAUUGAGCAAGAUAACCAGGAAAAAAAAGAUCUGCGUAUUGCAGUGAAGGAAAUGAAAACUAUGGAAUUACGAUCUAAGAUUUUGCCGUAAUUCAUCU